AUGGCGGGCGCGGCGGAAGGCGCGCCGCCCGCCGGCGAUUCCGAUCCCACUGAACCGCCGCGAUGCACGCACGUCAUCGUCAAGCGCGGCAAGACCAAGACGUGCCGGCAGUACGCCAAGCCCGGCACGUCCCCGCCCAUCUGUGGCAACCACCUUCACGCCGUCCACCCCUCCGACAGGAUCCCGUGCGAGCACUGCGGGACGCCGGUGCUGACGCGCGAGAUGAAGAAGCACGUGGGUAAGUGUCCGGCGUACCUUAGAGUCGCGGAUGCCGAGUCCAUGCCGUACUUCGCGCGCGAUGCCAACCUCGGAAGCGACGAUGAGAACGUCGGUGCCGAGCCAUCGUCGUCGUCGCUUCCGGAAAACGAGGCGGUGCGCCUUCCCCGCGGCGAGGAGCUGAGGGCGCUGGUGGCCAAGGUCCGGCGCGCGUGCUCCGAUGCGGGCAUCGACGCGAACACGCCGACGCUAGAGCCGAUGUCUGACGCGAGGUGCGAUGCCGCGGUCGCGAGGCUCGCGGCGGCGGCGGCGCGCGCGAGCGGCGGCGGCGGGGGCGUCGGCGGCCGAGCGACUCGCAUCGCCCCGUUCAACCCAAGGCACGCGCGGCAGCAGGCAUCCAUCGUCUCGCACAUGGCCGCGGCCGGCCUCGUCCGGGUUCGAUCUUCCGACGUUCCUCACGACGACGCGAGUCGUUCGCCCGCGUACGUCGAGCUCGGAGCGGGACGGGGGUACCUGUCCCACUUCCUGAUGGACGCGUACGGUCCCAACGACCUCGUGUUGGUGGAGCGGCGAGCGUACAGGUUCAAAGCCGAGCGAAACAUACGGGGAGGAACGAGCGUGGGAGGGGGAAGGGCGGGCACCUCCGGGGACGGGUCGGCACCCGCGUCGGCACCCGGUGCGUCACCCGGGACGAAGGUCGAGCGCCUUCGCGUGGACAUCAAGGACCUCGACAUCGCCGGAGUCGAAGCCGUCAAGGGCCGCGACGUGGUCGUCACCGGGAAACACCUCUGCGGUUCCGCGACCGACCUGGCGCUGCGAUGUUGCCUGGCGAACACGAACGGUGGAUGCGAUGGAGACAAAUCGUCGGCGGCGGCGUGUCGCGUCACCGGCGUCGCGCUGGCCACGUGCUGUCACCACAGAAGCGAUUGGCGAUCCUACGUCAAUAAGCCGUUUUUGCGCGAUUUGGGAUUCGGCAGGGACGAUUUUCCGAGGCUCGCAAGGAUGUCUUCGUGGGCGUGCGACGGCGCCGCGCCGGGCGUCGGCAGUGUCAAGCGCCCGCGUUCGCCCACGGGCGACGUGGACGAGGACGAGCAUCAACAACCGAUCGAAGAGGCGGACGACGGGGAGAUGUCAAAGGCCGAAAAGCACGAAAUCGGAGGGAUGAUCAAGACGCUCAUAGACGUCGGCCGGUUGCGGUGGCUCAACGAACGGGGCUUAUCGGGACGUCUGGUAGGGUACGUGGACACGGGAGUGUCCCCGGAGAAUAGGCUCAUCGUGGUAUCGCGCGGUGAGGGUAGAUAG